AUGAGAGGCACUUGGAGGUAUUUUCAACAAUUAACAUGUCUCAUCCUUUGGCUAGGAGUAAUUGCCUUGAUUGGAUUCUUUCAGCAGCAUGUUGUAAUGGUUGUCAGGCGGCAGCGGCCUGUUUUCAAGCCCUGCCAACCCACAAUGAAUGUCAUGUUCCUCAAGACGCACAAGACAGCCAGCAGCACUGUCCUCAACAUCCUCUUCCGCUUCUCAGAGAAACACAACCUCACAGUGGCCCUUCCCUGUGGCAAUGAGUUCCACCUGGGCUACCCACUGCGCUUCAAGGCAACAGAUGUCGAGGAGUUCAAAACUAUUGGCCAAAACUUCAACAUCAUGGGCAACCACCUGAGGUUUAAUUUGCCACAGGUAAAAAGAGUAAUGCCGAAUGACGCCUUCUAUUUUUCAAUCCUGAGGGACCCAGUUUCUUUGUUCGAAUCCUCCUAUGUUUAUUACAAAACUUAUUCACCAGCAUUUAGAAACUCCAAGAAUGUGAAUGAGUUUCUCUUAGCUCCAUGGUCAUACUACAAUCUAAGUGAAAAGGCCUGGAACGUUUAUGCCAAGAACAAUAUGUGGUUUGAUUUGGGCUAUGACAACAAUGCGAUAUAUGAUGAGUACUAUGUCCAGUCUGUAAUACAGGACAUCCAGAAGCAUUUCCAUUUGAUGCUGAUUGCGGAAUACUUUGAUGAGUCCAUGAUCCUUCUGAAGGAUACUUUGUGCUGGGAACUAGAUGAUGUGGUUUAUUUCAAGCUGAAUGCCAGGAGCUUAGACAGCAUUCAGGCUUUGAAUCCAGACAGCAAGGAAAAGGUGAAAGACUGGUGUGCUCUGGAUUGGAAACUUUACACACACUUCAAUAAUACCUUCUGGAUUAAGAUUCAGGAGAGGAUGGACUUAAAGACUUUGUACAAAGAAGUCAACCUUCUGCAGAAGAGGCAGAAGGAACUGAUGGAGAGGUGUCUCUUGGAGGAAACAGCAAUUGAUGAAACCAAAAUCAAAGAUGAGAAACUGAAGCCCUUCCAGUCAGGCCAUGCUAAAAUCCUGGGUUAUAAUCUCAAACAGGGUUUAGACAAUAAGACACUGAAUAUCUGCAAAAAGAUGACCAUUCCUGAGCUCCAAUAUAUGGCCUACAUGUACAGUCACCAGUUCCCAAACAAGACGAGAAAAUCCAUAAACUUUAGAUGAAAUUUUCUAAUAAGGUACCAUUCUAUCAUAUUACAGCAAGUUGAGGAAGUAGC